AUGAAAACCGAAUUGGUGAUAGCCUCAUCGCCAACGGACGCCGGCAUCAGCUGCUGGAAUCUUCACACGGGCGCCGAGCACCUGCGCUUCAAGACGUGCUCCUCCCCUCCUCACGGUCUUGCCUCUGUCGCUGGCCGCUUCCUGGCCUCCUCCCAAAUCCGGGACCCAAAGUCCUCUUCCGGCUCUAUUCUCUACUGGUCCUGGAACAAGCCUCAGGUUGAAGUCAAGAGCUUCCCUGCUGGACCUGUAAAGCCACUUCUCUCGAAUAGCGAAGGAACUUAUAUUGUGGGAGGAGGUAUUUCAGGCGGUAUAUACUUAUGGGAGGUUGCUACUGGGAAUUUGCUUAAAAAAUGGCAUGCCCAUUACAGGGGAGUUACUCAGAUGGUAUUUAAUGAUGAUCAGUCCCUUUUGAUUUCAGGUUCAGAGGAUGGAUGUGUUCGAGUUUGGUCGCUUUUCAAGAUCUUUGGUGGUGCAAAUAGGGAGGAAGCAAAGAAUCUCUAUGAGUAUAGUUUCCACGAGCAUACUUUGAAAGUGACAGACAUUAAAAUUGGGUGCGGUGGAUGUAAUGCAAUUAUUGUGUCUGCUUCUGAGGAUCGUACUUGCAAGGUAUGGAGUUUAUCUACAGGAGAACUUUUAAGAAACAUUGUCUUCCCCUCAAUAAUUGAUGCAAUUGCAUUGGACCCCUGGGAGCAUGUCUUUUAUGCUGGUGGUAGAGAUGGUAAGAUAUACAUUGCUGCAUUAAAUGCUCCAGGAACCUCCAACAGCAGUUACGGGUUACAUAUCAUUGGUUCAUUAUCUGAGCACAGUAAGGCUAUUACCUGCUUAGCUUCUAGUGCUGAUGGAUCUCUAUUGGUCUCUGGUUCUGAGGAUGGCAUGAUUCGAGUUUGGGACACUAAAAGACGCAACAUUACUCGUGUCUUUAGACAUGCCAAAGGUCCUGUCAGCAAUGUUCUUGUUGUUAGACGGCCACAGCAUUUAAAUCCCGGAACAUCUACAAAUACCCAAGCUUCCUCAUUAAGGGGAUAUGGUUGGCCAUUGCCGCCACCACUGCAAAAAUAUGCCAAUUCAGUAGAUGAGAAUGCCUAUAUUAAAGCAUUCAUCAGUCCUCAGAGUGCUUCAAACAAACUCUUAGAUGAUUCAUACAUCAGCGUCCAAACGAUGGAGAAGCUAAUUAAAGAACUGCAGAAACAAGGUUCUUCUGCAGCUGCUGAGCUGGAUGUUGAGAGGCUAAAAAUGGUAAUCAUGUUGAAAGUACCAAUGGUUGACAUUUGUGUGGUGGACGAUGAGUUCUGA